AGAAAAGGAGUUUGUUUCCAUCUCCAUAAAGCAAACCCACUAUCAUAACAUACCUUUCCUCUCUUUUAAACUCACUGUCUUCUUUCUUUCCAAGUUUAGUAUCCCCCAUCUGAAUCCUUCGCCACCAAGAAAAUUACUCUCAUUCGUUCUUCUACAUAUUGGGUAGGGCCUCAUUGUCUUCCCUCAUUCAUAAUCCAAGAGAAAUCCCAAGUUCCCAUAUCUCCUUUUCAUUUUCGAGAUAGAGAUCGAGACCUAGAGAAAGAGAUGGGUGCUGAUUGGGGGCCAGUAGUCGUCGCGGUGGUUUUGUUCAUCCUCUUAUCACCAGGAUUGCUGUUCCAACUGCCGGCAAGAGCGAGGGUGGUGGAGUUCGGAAACAUGUACACUAGUGGGAUUGCCAUUCUGGUUCAUGCCAUUAUAUACUUUUGCAUAUUCACCAUCUUGGUCAUUGCAAUUGGUAUUCACAUACACGUUAAUUGAUCCAAACUUGUUCUAAGGUUUUUUUUUUUUUUUUUUUUUUCUUUUCCUUCUUUAAUUUUGCCCUCCUCAAGAUGGGGUUGUUGUUGUAUCUUUCUAUUCAAGUUUUCAUCUUCAAUACUCCUUACUGGGCUCCUUGUUGAUUGUUGUGCGGAUGCCUGCUGUAGUGCUAGCUUUGGUUUAUAUUGAAGUGAAAAUCCAAAAAUUGUCUCUGUUUUUUUC